GGGGCGAAUGAAAUGAAAAUUUAGUCGACUGUAUGAGUAUUACGAAGAGAGAGAUGGAGAUUCGCCGAUGAUCUAUUCAUGAAGUUAGUUCCAUAGAGCCGAGUUAAUGAGUGUUUUGAAUCGAUAGUUGAUCUGAAUAUGUAGAGAUCUGUUCGCGUUGCCAUGGUGUCCACUACGACCGGUAAAGAAGAAGCCUGCGCGAAUAGGAUAAAUGAAAAAGAUGGCCGAUUUUUGAAAUUCGUUCGACGAACGAAUCCUUAUUUUUUACUCGUCGUGUUCGUAUUAGGAAUCUUUCUUUUAAUAUUUGGAAUAAUAAUUUGCAUAUUUUGGCGAGAUGUUUUCAUUCAAGAAAUUUCCAAAAAACUACAAUUAUCAAAUGAUUCUCAGACCACUAAAUUAUGGUUAUCUCAAAAAGUGCCGCAAUAUUUGAAAGUUUACAUGUUCAAUUGGACUAAUCCAGACGAAACGUUGGCGGGUAGUGAGAUUCCUCGGUUUACCGAAUGUGGACCUUACGUAUUCCGAGCUCGAGUAUUCAAAGAAGAUGUAGUAUUUAAUGAUAAUUUUACGGUUUCGUAUUUGCAAAGAAGAAGGUGGGAUUUUAUGCCUGAGAAGUCGAACGGAUCUCUUACGGAUCAAAUUACUUCGAUCAAUGUAGUUGCUGUGGCACUAGCGUAUCAAUUGAAGCACAUGUCAUCCCGCAUGGUAGUAGACGUUAUUAAUAAUGCCAUGAACAUGCGAAAAAUACCUUUGGUUGUAACCGAAUCGGUUGAAAAUCAGCUUUUUCUGGGCUACGACGACGGUAUUUUACCAGUAUUAAAACAAGUUGGCAACGUCGUCAAUCCCGAAGUACUCAAGACGCUUGGUAAUUGGAAGGAUUCGUGGACUGAUUUGAAGACUAUUUUAGGCUUCACCAAACAAGAACCAGCUAAAGACACCACAUCACUUUACGCACAACUCGUCGAUAAAUUACAUAAAUUAGACAAUAUCAAGGACAGAUUUGGUUGGUGGUAUCAGAAAAAUCUGACCGAAACUCAUCGUUUCAACGUGCACACCGGCGAAGACGAUGCUAAUCAGCUGGGAGACAUUCACUCGUGGGACAACAAAGACGUCUGCAGAGAUAACCAAAAAAUACACGGAUCAGUAGGUGAUCUAUGGCCAAUGAAAGGUGCACAAAGUGAACGAGUUCUUCUCUUCAUUCCAGAUAUGUGCAGUUCAUUUGAUCUCAUGAAUUCGGGACCUACUGUGGUCGAAGGUAUCGAAGGAGUUAAAUUCGUUGGAACUAAGGAAACAAUGGGUCCAUCGGUAGCAAGGGCACCGGGAACUUAUAUCGACACCGACUUGCUGACAGGACUACGAAACAUAACCAGUAUCGUGAAAGCUCCGGUGUUUAUAUCUUUUCCACAUUUCUACGAGGCUAACGAAGAAUACAGACUGGGUGUUUCCGGUAUGAAGCCAGAUAAAGAAAAACACGAGUUGUGGUUGGUCUUACAAAAAGAUGCUAGUAUCGUGUUACAAGGCAAAGGUAGAAUACAGGUUAACAUUAUGCUGGAACCAUCGCCCAGAAUCGAUCUCACUUCAAAACUGCCCACAGUUCUUUUCCCCACAAUUUGGUUCGAACAAACGGGAGAAAUUCCGCCAGAUGUGAUGGACCAGUUGAAAUUAGCUUUCAUUACGGCGCCACGUAUAUUAAUCGGAACUGGCGUAGGAUGUUUAAUAAUUGCCAUAACGUUUCUAGUCACCGGAUUCGUACUCGUUUACGUACUCUAUAAGCCCGAACCGCGUAAAAAAGUCGUCACGUGCUUCAACGUAUUAGUAUUCAAAUCGAAAAAAAUCACGAUAACGGUUCAAAAACCUACGAAACCUGCUAAAUAAUCAAAUCAAAGAAUCAUUCGCGUAAUUCUCGCUCAAUCUUCGUAAUAAUGAACGUCGAACGAAUCGUGUUUACUUAUACUAGAGCUAAUCAAGUGUCGCAAGAUGGAUAACUAGUUGAAUAAAUACGAGAUGUCAAUGGGAUUACUUUGGAAUCACCGACAGUGACCAACGAAAUGAACGAUUAUGAUAUCAACAAAGCAGCCGAAAUCGUCCGAGAAAUGUUUCCGAGUAUUUUGACACGUUUCACGACCGGUUUUAUGAGAUGUCAAGACUGACUGACUUGAAAAAUAUGUAUCUACCUUACGAAAAAAGAAAAAAAAAUCAAAAUCAUAAAAAAAAUUAAUAAAGAAUGUACUAAUAAAAAAUAUGAAACAAAAUAUGUUUUUAAAGAAGUUUUUUUUUUGUAAUUUUUGUACAUAGUAUUACUCAAAAUCCAGUAUUUUGUUUAAUUAAUAAAAAAAUAAAACUUU